AUGGCAGACCCGGACGGUGGGUGCCUCGUGGCCCGUGCCGUACCAUGCGCCCUCCCCAGGGCCGCCAACGAUGACGACCUGACCGCUCAGCUCGAGCAGCUUUCUGUCAAUGAUGCCAAAGACCAGGAGAAGAAGAAGCAGCAACGCAAGGAGAUCAACAACAUUUCCCCGGCCGACUACGUCACGCUCCAGAGCAUCCGCUCCUCGGCUCUCGCCAAGAAGACCAACACCACCUCGAAAUUCGGUCGUGGCGGCGCUGCACUCUUUGCCGACCUGCUGAACAAGGGCGAGGACAAGGAGGAGAAGAAGGAGGCCAAAAAGGACGUCAAGAACGAGGAGGAAAAGAACGAGGAGCCGGUUGGGGACAAGAAGAAGGAGGGUGACGAUGAGAAGAAGGCCGACGAGAAGGUGGAGGAUGAGGAGAAGAAGGAAAAGACCGAGGAGGGCGAGGAGGGCGAACUUCUUGCUCGCGGGCCUGUGCGCAGCGGUCACGCUGCCUAUGGACACCACCCGUACAUGUACCGUAUCCCGUACGGAACGGCUGCCCAGACUGUGGUGGAAGACUACUCGGCCUACUCGGCCUACGGUGGCGGUUAUGAGUGUGGAUCGAGCUGGCAGGACUCUCCCGAAUCUCUUGGAUACAUCAGCAGCUCCACCACCCCAGACACCGUACAAUCGGACAUGGGCUACUCAUCAUCUCCACCUCGUCAGUCCCCAUUCACCGACCAUUCAAUGACCACGGCAGAUCUGAACCGCCUCCUCGACUCGAAUGAGCUACCUGAUGCUCUGUCCGACUUCAUCCUCAAGUACUCGCGCAGAUACACCGCCGCGGAGAAGAAGGAGCACGACGAGGACGAGCUGAAGCACCGCCCAGAUAGCACGGACUCAGCUUAUGAUUCACCACUCUCAGCCGGAAGCGCGCCACACAACAGCCCUGGGGCUCCGCGUGGCGGAGUAUCAGCUCCGUUGACUCCUCCUUACAACCAUCGUGGAUCUCCUCGUAAGGAGGGGCAGAGAGCCGCCAAGGAGAAGCUUCGUGCGCUGAUCUCUGACUCGGACAUGGACUCGGCCUGGGCUUGGACCUGCAAGUGUAUGCAGUACGCUCCGGGGGCCCUGUCGCACCAGGACAACGACCGCGACACCCUCCUCCACAUCGUCACCAUCCACACCGAUCUGGCCAAGAUCUACGCCCUCGUCGAGCAGCAGCUCAAGACCAACUACUCGCGCGACGCCAAGCCGUUCGACCUCCCGAACCGCUUCCACGAGACCCCGCUUUUCCUGGCGGUCGAGAAGCGACGGGCCGAGGUCGUCGCCUACCUCCUUGAAGCCGGCGCCAACCCGAACUCCCAGACGCUGCGCCCGGAACGCGAGUGCGCCAUCCAUUACGCCGCCUCCCGAGGCAUGAGCGACAUCGUCAAGAUCCUCUGCUCCAGCCCGGAGACCGACGUGAACAAACUGAACGGCAUGGGCAGCUCGGCCCUGUUGUGCGCCAUCCGUAACCACGGGGCCAUGGACGAGGAGCAGCGCCAGAUCAUCGACAACAAAGACACCAUCCGGGAGUUGAUGAGGGCCGGAGCCGACCCGAUGCUGGUUGAUGCGACCAAUGGCAAGACUGUCAUCCACUACGCCGUUGAGAGGAUGAACGCCGAGCUGAUCGAGCUGUUCAAGGAGUUUCUGAACGAGACGCAGAUGACCGAGCUGGUCAACCAGGGUGACUUGUGCAGCGAGACGCCGAUGAUGUUGUUGCAGCAGCAGAGGGCUGAGAAUCCUCAGGCCCAGCAACUCCGUUCUAACCUCUUCCUGACGCUCACCAUCUGCGGCGCCGAGAUCAAGAGGGAA